AUGGACCCCAAUUACAAAGCCCGCAAAGAGGCCUUCGUGUCCAAUCUGAUGGGUAGCUCCAUCUGGGAGAUCAACUCCGUGACUCUGGUCGCUUCAACAUCGGUGCUCCUCUGGUCCGCCCUUCAGUCUCGGCUAUCCUUCUUCACGCCCGAUGGCCCGGCAGCUCUCGUAACCGACUUUCUUCUCAAUGUCUUGGCCAUCCUGUUCGCAACGACAGCAUAUUCGUCGGCGCCACUGCUCCUGAAUAUCUUCCUUGCCUCGCCAGCGCUCUUCCUUUUGCUCAACCAGCCGCGACCCCGCGCGCAAAAAGCAAAACCACCUCGUAAAGCCGCCCAGGAUGAUAGUUCCCAGGACCCGACGGCGCUGCCCGUCCACCCGUUCUUGACCACCUACCGCGCAGCCAUGAUGAUCGUCACCUGCGUGGCCAUCCUGGCUGUCGAUUUCCGGGUCUUCCCCCGACGCUUUGCCAAGGUCGAGAACUGGGGAACCUCCCUGAUGGACUUGGGCGUAGGAUCCUUUGUCUUCUCUGCUGGCGUGGUCUCGGCACGCGCGGUGCUCAAGAGCCGCAGGUCCCAGUCGCCGGGGCGCGCCCUUCCAGCGAGAUUGAUCGGUUCCGCCCGCCAUUCAAUCCCCUUACUGGUGCUGGGCCUGAUCCGGCUGUACAGUGUCAAGGGUCUGGAUUACGCCGAGCAUGUUACAGAAUACGGCGUGCAUUGGAAUUUCUUUUUCACACUGGGGUUGUUGCCUCCGUUUGUAGAGCUCUUCGACUCGUUGACGGCGUUGAUCCCCUCUUAUGAGGUGCUUGCCCUCGGCGUCGCCGUCCUCUACCAGGUCGCCCUGGAGUCGACCGAUCUUAAAGGCUACAUUCUUGUGUCGCCCCGUGGGCCUGACUUUCUGUCCAAGAAUCGGGAGGGCAUUUUCUCCUUCCUGGGAUAUUUUGCCAUUUUCCUUGCGGGACGCGGCGUGGGAAUCCGUAUUAUGCCUCGUGGAACCUCGCCUUCCAAAUCGCCCCAGCAGGCCCGCAAGUCUCUCCUGGUGAGCCUGGCGCUGCAGAUUGCGUUCUGGUCCAUUCUGUUUUAUUUCAACUCCACUUAUGCCAUGGGUUACGGGGCCAACAUCAUCGUGUCGCGUCGGCUGGCCAACAUGCCGUACGUGCUCUGGGUAUCAGCCUUUAACAGCGCACAGCUCUUCCUGUUUUGUCUGACAGAGACCGUGUUUUUCCCAACGGUCCAUCGCGCAACCACCAAGGAAGAUGAAGCUGAGCGCACGACGUUUGCAACCAGCCGCAUCCUCCGCGCCUUUAACCGUGGCGGUCUGGGCAUUUUCCUGGUUGCCAAUCUCCUGACCGGGGCGGUGAAUCUUGCCAUCCCCACGCUGGAUGUCAACACCCCGCAAGCAAUGGCCAUUCUGGUGGCCUAUGCGGCGGUGCUGACCGCCAUUGCGCUGGGGAUGGACAAGGCCAACAUCAAGCUGGCUUUGUAG